AUUUGCUGCGGUCUCACUCUGUUUGUCUGCGAGCGUAAGUGGUAUUUCAUGUGAUAAUAAAAUGUCGUCUUCUCCGGAUAACACUCAUGAGCUUUCUCACGAAGAAAAAGAAAAGCUGGCAUCACUUUUUAACCGUCUAGAUGUAAAUAAAGACGGUUCUAUCGACAUUCAUGAUUUGAGUGCAGCAUUAAGUCAGAUGGAAGUUCCUCAAGUACCGGGACAGGCGCAGAGAUUCUUUGAAAAGACAGAUGUGUCAAAAGAUGGUCAAGUUAACUUUGCUGAGUUUGUCCAAUAUGUUGCUGAACAUGAGAAGAAACUGCGGCUGUUUUUCCGUAACAUCGAUACAAAUCAAGAUGGAGCCAUUGAUGUGUCAGAAAUCAUCACAUCCUUCAAAAAUUUGGGAUUACAUGUGGAUCAAGCCGAGGCUGAAAAGCUCCUGCAAAGAAAUGAGACUUUUGAUGCAUCUUAUAAAUCACCAUUGUGCUGGGGAAUGGACAAGGAUGGCACUUUAAAAAUUGAUUGGGACGAAUGGCGUGAAUAUCUCCUUCUUCAUCCAAGCCAGAAUAUCCACGACAUUAUUGCUUAUUGGAGGCAUUCUACAGUAAUCGACAUUGGAGAAAAUGUCAUUGUACCAGAUGACUUUACAGAAAAAGAGCUACAGUCAGGCAUGUGGUGGCGUUACCUCGUUGCAGGAGGCACUGCUGGAGCUGUUUCAAGAACGUGUACUGCACCCCUUGACAGACUAAAAGUUCUUCAACAGGUGCAUGGAAAAUCUGGAAUUCGCUCAGGUUUCAAACACAUGUUGGAAGAAGGUGGAGUCAAAUCCUUGUGGCGAGGCAAUGGGAUCAAUGUUUUCAAAAUUGCCCCAGAAUCUGCUCUUAAAUUUUCUUUCUAUGAAAAUAUCAAAUCUCUUUUCAAAAAAGACAAACAUGAACUUGGAAUGGCAGAGAGAUUUAUUUCUGGGUCAUUAGCUGGUGCUAUCUCACAAACUAUUAUUUACCCCAUGGAAGUACUGAAAACAAGAUUAGCUGUUCGAAAAACUGGACAAUACAAGGGUAUUUUUGAUUGCGCAAAACAACUCUUCGGAAUUGAAGGUGUUUCUUGCUUCUAUAAAGGCUACAUUCCAAACUUAAUAGGAAUUCUUCCAUAUGCUGGAAUUGAUCUUUGUGUAUAUGAGACAUUGAAGUCAAUGUAUCUUGCCAGAAGCAAAAGCAAACAAGAUCCAAGCAUUUUUGUGAUAUUGACCUGUGGUACGAUAAGCAGCACUUGUGGCCAACUAACAAGUUAUCCUCUAGCUCUGGUCCGAACUAGACUCCAGGCUCAUGGAGCUUCUCACACAAUGACCAGCAUGUUCAAAGACAUUUUAAGGAAGGAUGGUUUCAGAGGACUUUAUCGAGGUCUUACUCCAAAUUUUAUGAAAGUGGCACCAGCAGUUAGCAUAAGCUAUGUAGUAUAUGAACAUACUCGGACUGCAUUAGGAGUAUCUUCAACUUAACAUGUUAAUUUCACGAACUCAACAUCAACACAAAAAGAAAAAAAAGGGGUCAGUUUCUAUCUCCCUCUUACAUGUUCUCAUUAUCGUUGCAUUGAGAACAUAGACAGAAAUAGGUACAGUGAAAAAACAAAAAAGACCUGAGAACUAGUCUGGAAGCAGAAAGUGACUCAAUAAGAGUUAAGAAAUGAAGAUCUUAUAUAUAAAAAAAGAUUGUUCAAGAAAAUGUUAAAACAGUGUUUGCUACUGGAAAUUUGAUAAAAUGUUUUUAUUGUUGCAAGAUGCAAGAUAACCAAGUACAUGGAAUAAUGGAAUAUUCAUUCCUGGAAAGAAACCUGCCUUAAUGUUAUUGUUUUUGUUUUGUUUUAUUUUUUUUAUAAAUGGGAUUGACAGAAUCAUGAGAGCAUUGGACAAAAUGCCUUGAGGCAUAUUUAGUUACAGCUCUUUAUGUUUGUAGUUCAAAUCCCACAAAGGUCAACUUUGCCUUUCAUCCUUCAGGGCUAGAUAAAAUAAAGUACCAGUAAAGUACUGGGGGUUGAUUUUAAUCAACUAAUCCCUCCCUACAAA